GCAGUGCUGGUGUUCGUCUCUGUCAUGGUCUCGGAACACCCUCGCGGCGGCACCUCGGACUGGAUCUCCUUCACGUCCAUGGGCAGCUUCUGGUUCAGUGGCAUGUUGUUCGUGAUGUACCUCGUCAAUGCUGUGGUCGUCCUCACUGACGUGCCCUGUGGAAUGCUGGAGCUGGUGUACACAUGUCUCUGGAUGGCCUUCUGGCUUGUGUCGGGCUGUUUGGCGGCGGACUUCGCGAGUAAAGGCGCGGGUGUCGCCUUCAUUGUCGCCGCCUCCCUCAGCUGCCUGGCCACCAUCGUCUUCGGCCUCACCGCCUUCCUGCUGUACAAGAAGAGGAGGGCGGGAGCGCUGUCCUCUGCCCAGCCGCUCCGCACACACACCGACACCUCAGAUAUGAAGUGA